AGGCCACUCACUGUUGAUUUGAUCACUCACCUCAAAAUAUACAGCAUACCACAUGCCAGCAUGAUUGAUGCUAGCGGUAUUAAUUCCAACGAUCCCCCUCCUAUGCUUCGUUUUACGGAGACCGAGGCCGCCGUCUUGAAUCUGUACGACGACCUCCGUCGACUAGAACUCGAGCUUACUCUGCUGCGAUCGCAGCAGAGUCAUGUAUCAACCGCAGCCCAUGCUUCAGCGAAAAGCCAAAUAACCGAUGAACGGUUGAGUCUUCUAGAGGCAAAAGGAACGCUUUCGUUGCGAGACAGCGUUGUCGAAAGCGUUGUGACAGUCAAGCCGACCCUAAACGCUGUCCACAAUGCAACGGAUGCCUCGCCGUUGGAACGAGAAUUGCUACCCUACAUCGAGCAGCGUGAUGCGGCCGCUGCGAAAGCAGCAAACAUGUGCUCUGCACUGCAGACGGCUAACAACACUCUGGCGGAGCUCGAGGUCAAAUGUCUCCGCACCCGUGAUCAAAACAUCAAGCUAGCAACCGAAAUAUUGGAGCUUAGUAAAAAGGCCCAUCAGAGCGGGCCAGGUAUCAUUCAAGAUGCGCGAUUCAAGGAGGAGAUAGCUGCUCUGGCGGGUGAAAUGAAAACCAGCCGGCGCAAAUGGAGAGUGAUCAAGGGCGCAGCCAGUGCCAUCGUUGCAGGAAGUGGUAUCGAUUGGGUUCGAGAGUCACGUUUGAGGGAUCUGGUACUUGACUCUCCAGAUUGACAGACAAUAGGCCAGGACAUAAACGACGGGAGUCUUCAACUGCCCAGUAUCUUGCAUUGUCAGCUGGACUGGUAGUUACAGACUUCUGUGUACACUAGGGACAUACAUCCAGCCGCAUUGGACAAAUACAUGGGGUCCAGAUGGGUGCUUGGUUUUGAGUGCCUGUCGCGGACUCGCGGUCAGCACCGCGUCCCGCGCCAAACAAAAUUACGCGAAAAUGCCCAUGGACCUCGCUUGGAGUUACACACUCAUCACGCCAAUUUGUUCG